AUGGCCGCGGAGCCGGGUGGAAGUGCUCCGUGGCUCCGGGAGCCGGCUUUCGGCCAGCUAAGCCAGACUCAUCCGGACACUGUCACCACGCCCAAGAGAGGAAAGCGGCUCAAGUUCCGGGUCCACGACGCCUGCUCGGGCCGAGUGACCGUGGCGGAUUAUGCCAACUCGGAUCGGGCGGUGGUGAGGUCUGGAUGGGUCAAGAAAGCCGGGGCCAACGCUGUUCAGCAGGAAGUAAAAUCUCUUUGUGGCUUGGAAGCCUCCCAGGUUCCUGCAGAGGAGGUUCUUUCCAGGGUGGGUGAGCCGUGUGACAUCAUGGACAACAGUGAUGAGAUGGACGCUCAGGGGGAAAGCACUCAUGAAAGAUCAGUCUCCAAAAAAAGGAAAAGCAAGAGACACAAAGAAGACCUGGAUGGGGCUGGAGAAGAGUAUCCUGUGGAUAUUUGGCUGUUGCUGGCUUCCUAUAUCCGUCCUGAGGACAUUGUGAAUUUUCCCCUGAUUUGUAAGAAUGCUUGGACUGUCACUUGCACUGCUGCCUUUUGGACCAGGUUGUACCGAAGGCACUACUCGCUGGAUGCUUCUUCGCCCUUGCGGCUGCGCCCAGAGUCCAUGGAGAAGCUGCGCUGUCUCCGGGCAUGUGUGAUCCGAUCUCUGUAUCAUAUGUAUGAACCAUUUGCUGCUCGAAUCUCCAAGAAUCCAGCCAUUCCGGAAAGCACUCCCAGCACACUGAAGAAUUCCAAAUGCUUACUUUUCUGGUGCAGAAAGAUUGUUGGGAACAGACAAGAACCAAUGUGGGAGUUCAACUUCAAGUUCAAAAAACAGUCCCCUAGAUUAAAGAGCAAGUGUACGGAACGACUGCAGCCACCCAUUCAAUAUGAGGAUGUUCAUACCAACUCUGACCAGGACUGCUGCCUGCUACAGGUUACCACCCUCAAUUUCAUCUUUGUUCCUAUUGUCAUGGGAAUGAUAUUUACCUCGUUUACUAUUAAUGUGAGUACAGACAUGCGGCAUCAUCGAGUGAGAUUGGUGUUCCAAGAUUCUCCUGUUCGUGGUGGUCAGAAUCUGCGCAGUGAACAGGGUGUGCAAGUUGUCUUGGACCCAGUGCACAGUGUCCGGCUCUUUGACUGGUGGCACCCGCAAAACCCAAGGGCAAUGAGCCCUUUACAGAUCUCUGCAAUCAAAAGUUGUCUCUUUAAAGCAGAAAAAGAAGAAGCACAGUCUGGAGUCCUUGAAAAAAGCGAUGCCCUGGACAGGGGGAUGUUGUCCUUGUGGGUGUGGUCUCCCAUUUAG